AUGCCCGGCUUCCGUCGCUGGGGCAAAUCGAAAUUUGAACGCAACCCAGAGUCCUCCUUCAAGCUGCUUGCCGCCGUUCUCGUCAUCACCCUCUACCUGCUCUUCAAGGAGUUCCAGCACCCCACCGUCCGGACCGGAGCGACGCCCACGGUCGGCGCACAGAUUCAGUAUGAAAACUGGAAUGGGACCGGCGCGGCGCAUGAAACUAGGGCGAAAAGUGUGAAGAGUGCUAUGAGACAUACCUUUUGGAAGUACAGAGAACAGGCAUGGGGCUGUGACGACGUACUGCCCGUGUCGGGCGGGAACUCUUCGUCUCGGAAUGGCUGGGGAGCCUUUAUUGUCGACUCUGCAAGCACGUUGGCGCUCAUGGGCUUAUGGGACGAGUUGUCACAUUCAAUCGAACAUAUACUGGCCAUUGACUUCAACCAAACGACCGACCUUGUGGACCCCUUUGAAACGACGAUACGAUACCUCGGAGGGUUGCUGUCGAUUGUCGAUCUAUAUGAUGCUGGCAUGAUACCCGAAACCGUUGUACAUGACGAGGCACGCGACCUCAUACUUGAGCAUGCUGUCACGCUGGCCGAGAAGCUUGCUCCUGCUUAUGACACACCGACGGGAUUGCCAUGGCCUCGUGUCGACUUUGGCACGGGUCAAGGCGAGCCCCAUCCCUCCUUCAUUUUCCACGAUGAUCCGGGGAAGCGACAGUAUGAUCACCCCGUCGUUGGCCCGGCCCGUGCUGGCUCUUCCAUACUCGAGAACCGUGUCUUGACGAGACUGACUGGCGAUGCCAUUUAUGCCAGGAAUUCCACACUGGCUUGGGCUCCCUUGGUCUGGUCCAAGUGGAUCACGCCAUGGGCAGGCAUGGUAGAUGGCCCCAUUGACAUCAUGACUGGAGAGCCAGUUCGCCGCGCAAAACACUGGGAUGGCGGUCACGACUCGUACUACGAAUACCUCGUCAAGAUGACCCUCCUAGCUCCACCAUCCGACUCCCACCUCGACGUCUACAAGAAACGCUUUCUCGACGCCGCCUACUCGCUCCGCACACACCUAGCGUCUCGCUCCGCACCCGCAUCCCAGCAUCCCAUGCAGCAUCUUUACAUUGGCCGCCAACAAGACACGGUUUACGAAAAUAUACAAGGCCACCUUGCCUGCUUCGCCCCUGGCACCAUCCUACUUGCCUCAAAAGCCUACUCUCAACCCUCGCUCCGCACCUUUGCCCUCGCCCUCCUCGAAGGUUGCCGCCACAGCUACACCUCUACACCCUCUAAAAUUGGCCCCGAGACAUGGUCCUGGAUCCCAAAAUUCGGCUACGAAGACCCAACCUUCCAACCGGAAAACGCGCAGCAGCGCAAACAAGCCAUGGAGACGGGCAUAUGGAGCACAGACCCCGUCUACAAAGGCCGACCCGAGUACGUCGAGAGCCUCUUCUACGCCUGGCGCAUCACGGGCGAACAGCGCUACCGCGAUUGGGCGUGGGAGGCAUUCGCGGCCAUGGAAAACCAUUGUAAGGCGCCGUUUGGAUACGCACAGUUGGCGGAUGUGUACAGCGUAAAAGGCAGCGAUGGGAGUAACUGGAUCGACAUGCAGGAGAGUUUCUGGGCGGCCGAGACGCUGAAAUAUCUCUUCUUGACGUUUACAGAUGUCGAGGUGGCGAGUCUGGAUAGUUGGGUGUUUAGUACCGAAGGGCAUCCGUUGAGGAUGAUACGGUGA